AUGGCCACGGCCUCGCGCACCAGCCUCGUCUCGCAGAACAGCUUCUCCAGCAGCACCGGCAGCGGCAGCGGCGGCGCCGGCAGCAGCAGCCAUGGCGGCGGCCCGCUGAGCAGCACCGCCAGCCUCGCCGGCACCUCGUCGUCGGGCGGCAGCGGCGGCAUCCUCGCCAACGCCCACGAGGCCACGCCGCGCUCGCGCGCCGACAAGGGCAGCGGCUUUGCAGCGGCGCUCAAGACGGCCUUCAUCCCGCCGCAGCCGGGCAAGCAGCUGCCCAAGAGCAAGAAGCCGCUCGGCAAGACGUUUGAGCGCCAGACGCCGCUGGGUCCUGGUGGCACACAUGCCGGCGGCGACGUGCUGCCGUACGACCCGCGCGGUGAGGCGGCCAGCGCCGGCGACGGCAUCCUGCCGCCCGACGCUGCGGGCCCCGGUGCGCGGGCGCGCGCCGCCAGUGCCGCCAGCACGGGCAGCUCCGUCGACGGCCUGCCGCCGAGCAGCGACGGCAGCGGCGCAUGGAGCAGCGACGGUGCCAUGCUCUCGCCGGCCUCGGAGAGCGGCGGCGACGAGGCAGCGUGGCACCGGCGCGGCAGCAGCGCCACGACGGCCAGCAGCGCCGGCGGCGAGUCGAGCAGCAGCGGCAGCCAGUGCGCCAUCCGCUUUGCGCCGCUGCCGUCGUCGGGCCGCCUGAAGCGCGCCAACUCGAUCACCAUCGGCGUCGCGGCGCGCUCGCACCUGCUCUCCUCGCAGGGCGCCGCGCGCCAGAAUGCCGCCGGCUGGCAGCAGGCGCAGCUGCACCCGCCCAGCUACGGCUACGGCGCCGGCCAGGUCGACCCCAGCCAGAAGCACAACACGCAGAUGUGGUACAACGGCGGACCGAAGCCCGACGACGUCGUCGACGUCGGCGAGGAGCUGCGCAAGGGUGCGCUCAAGGCGUGGCGCAAGGUGCGCGGCGGACGCUCCGAGAGCCCGGCGGCCAAGGCCGAGGGCGACGGCAAGGGCGCAGCGGCUGCUCCUCAGGUGGCAACAGAAUCGCCUGCCGCUGGUGAUGCCACGCCGCGCCGCGCCGGCAGCCCUGACCACGCUGCGCGCACCUCCAAGGACGAGGCGCACCCGCCCGAGGGCGGCCAGCCGCACUCGUACCACCUCGCCGACGGCGACGACCACACAGCCGAGGGCGCGCGCACGCCGCGCAACGGCAUGACGCGCCGUCUCUCCACGGGCGCGUUCCUGGGCAACGCCAGUCUGCGCGGCAUGCAGGACGACCGCCGCAAGAAGGUGCUCGGCCUCGACGGCGGCGACGAUGAGGACGAGGAUGAGGAGGAGGCGCGCGGCAAGCGCGAGAACGCACGCUUUGCCGAGAGUCUCGGGCGCACAAACGCCGAGCACCUGGUCAGCAAGACGGGCUCCGAGCACUGGCAUCCCGGCCUGCGCCACGCGCGCGCCGAGGCCGAUGCGCGCAAGGUGCAGACGGUCACACCGGACGCCGAGACAUCCGACGACCUCAGUGUCGACUCUGAGCGCGACGACGACGUCGAUGACGAGGAGACGCGCGAGGCCGAGCGUCUGGCUGCUGCCGCCGCCGACCGGCCGACGACCAAGGCCGGCGGCCUGGAAAAGUUCGAGAAACACACUGGCUAG